AUGUCGAAAGCAACUCUUGAUCAGCUCAACCAUUUCUUUUACCUCGCAGCAUACGCUAAAAGCAUAACAGAGUUGCGGAAAGGACUCGAGAGUUCGCAAAACCCGUUAUCAGUAGCUUAUCCAUGUUACUAUGAAGUCAAAGCAGGCACAUGCACCUUGAACUUUUCGUGGAACACCUACGAAGAUGAACGUUUGCUUAAAUUCUCUUUGGCUGUCUGUUCUAGCGGCAAAAGAGACCUUACAGUCGUCAUCCAUCCCAAAGGAAGUGUACAGACACAGACUUACACACCAAAAGGUCCUGAAUGUCCCACGAAGCAGAAUAUCUUUGAGACCAGCAUGCAUCAGAGUGGUCAAUGUUUUGGGGACCUAAUUGUUGAAGGAUCUACAUACACUGAGGGUGAAAUAGUGGAAAAACGAAAUAUAUGGGAAAGCAAGGAAAUACUGAAGCAAAGUUGUCAAGUGGAUCAAGUCGAACGAAUAUAG